AUGCCGUACCUCCUCACCUCCCAGGCUUUCCUGGAGCAAUCUGCGCUGUUGCUGGAGGCGUAUCCUGAGACGACCCGCAUCACAACAAAAUACAGCUUCCCCACCGAAACACCAGGCCAACUGCAUAAGCGGCGCAAAUCGCAGAGGAAACCCCAAGACACCACCAGCACACCUUCUUCAAACACACAAACAACCACAGAGAAAAUACCACUGGCAUGCCUCACUCUCAAAACCUUCAACCCGGGCACGGGGAUCACGCUCAAAUACCGGACGAACAAAGGCGCGGAGGUGAGUCGGUUGAUGACGGGAUUGGGGAAGCUGGCCGCGGGCGCGGAUGUUGCUAGUCUUGGAGUAUCGGGUGCUGGGCCUACUGGCGCAGCAGGAGAUGUUGAGAUGGGCGAGGCUCCGGCGCUUGACGAGGGUGUUGCUGCUUCUUCCCCUACGCUGCAAGCGGCGGGGACGCAAACUCAGACUACUGGAAAGGCGGCUGGAGGGAAGGGGAAGAAGAAGGGAGGGAAAGGGAAGCGGUGA